AUGGAAAUUGACACAGGCUCAGGUGUAACCAUCAUGCCAGAAACAACAUUCAAAGAAAAAUUUCCUGACAUGAAACUCAAGCCCAGUGCACAGAUUUUGAAGACCUUUAGUGGAACAGUCAUUACCCUUGCAGGACCUGCUCUUUUCCAAAAGCACAUGGAAGAAAUGCUAGCAGGAAUUGAAGGUGUACAAGUCUUCAUUGAUGACAUUCAAAUCACAGGGUCAAAUGAACAGGAACAUAUGGAAACAGUGGAUAAGGUUCUGCAGAGGUUGGAAGAAAAUGGAGUCAGAUUGAACAAAGAAAAGUGCAGUUUUCUUCAGGAUAGCAUUGACUACCUAGGACAUCAUAUCGAUGAGAAAGGUCUGCAUCCUCAAGAAGACAAAAUCAAAGCCAUGCAGGAAGCACUGAGACCAGAAAAUGUGAAAGAACUUCGCAGUUUUCUUGGAGGAGUUCAGUACUAUGGGAAAUUUUUACCUAAUCUAUCAGCAACUCUAAAACCGCAGAAUGAAUUGCUUCACAAAGACAAAGAAUGGAAAUGGUCUGAUGCAUGUGAAAAGUCAUUUCGCAAAGUAAAGGAACUGCUCAGUUCAAGGACAGUGCUAGUACACUACGACCCGCAGUUACCAUUAAUCCUAGCAACUGAUGCCAGUAUUAAGGGACUAGGAGCAGUGAUUUCCCACAAAAUGCCAACUGACAUUGCAGAAGAAACAAGAAAAGAUGCUGUAUUGUCAAAGGUGCUGCAAUAUACACUGACUGGAUGGCCAAAUUGCUCAGAGGAUGACAAUGUCAAGCCAUUCUUUCAAAGAAGGGAGGAGAUUACCACAGAGGCAGGAGUUCUUCAGUGGGGCCUGAGAGUGAUCAUACCUCAGAAGUAUAGAAACAGAAUACUAUAUGAACUACAUGAAGGAUAUCUCGGAAUGAACAAAACCAAAGCAAUGGCUCGUUCAUAUGUAUAUUGGCCAAAGAUAGAUCUAGACAUUGAGAAAAUGGUCAAGGACUGUCACAGAUGUGCAGAAGGGAAGAACAUGCCAGCAGCCGCUCCAGUAUUUGCAUGGACGUUUCCGUCAAACCCAUGGGAACGGAUUUAUGUAGAUUUUUGGGAGUACGAAGGUCAGAAAUAUCUCGUGCUGAUCGAUGCUUACUCAAAAUGGCCUGAAGUAAUACCUAUGACAACAACGACAGCACAGAGAACAAAUGAUGUGCUCAAACAGAUCUUUGCAAUUCAUGGAUUGCCUGUCACACUUGUCAGUGAUAAUGGCCCACCAUUUAGGUCAAGUGAAUUUGAAGAAUUUCUUCAGAAAAAUGGUGUACAGAACAUAACAUCACAGCCUUACAUGCCCUCAACAAACGGAUCUGCUAAGAGACUUGUUCAGUCAUUUAAGAGACUUAUGAAAUCAUCGAGCCCAGGACAAAGUGGACCGCAAAGAUUGUCCAAAAUCCUGUUACAACUCCGAACAACGCCUCACAUGAUGACUGGCAAAAGUCCAGCAGAACUCUUAUUCAAAAGGAAGAUAAGAAUCCGGUUGGACCUGAUGAAGCCUGAUCUCGUAUCUAAGAUGCGUCACAAGCAAGAAGCUCAGGCACAAGGAAAAAUCCUCCGUGAAUUUCAGCCUGGUGACACUGUCAAAGUCAGAAACUACCGGCCAGGUGUAAACAGAUGGACAAACGGAGUGAUCUUACAAAGACUGGAAACCCACAGUUACUCUGUUCGUGUAGGUGGAACGGUGCGACACUGUCAUAUCAACCAGCUGCAGUCUGCUCCAGACUCAACUGCAGAUAUCAACGAAUUACCGCCUCCACUACCUACCGUCCCAAUGUUACCAAUGGGUCAGGAUGAGGAACCAACGGUACCACCAUCAAGUGUUAACCCUGACACAAACCAAGACGCCACUCAAGGACAAGCGUCACCACAACGAUCACCACCAAGACGUUACCCAAAACGUGUCAGAAGACCAGUUCAAAGAAUGGACUUAUAA